GCUCGUAGGCUUUUCCUCGUCUCAGUCGACGAACGCCAACGUCCUGCGAUCUAUUUACUCGCUGGACAUCUCGAGGCAUGCGUUGCCUCAAGUCGAAACGUCCGAGGGAAAAAAGUGAACCGUGAAUUCUCCGCGCUCGAGAGAAGUCGAAUCGGUGAAUUCUGUUCGCAAGGAUCUCCGUUGGACACCGCGACCACCGAAAGGACCACGUGAACCGAUUUCGGACGGUGAAAGAAAAUGCGGAUCCUCCGUGCGUCGAUCGUCGCGGUGCUUCUGACCGUUUACCGCGUCGAUUCCAAUCUCACGGCCGAUAAAGAGUUGACGACGGAUCUUCGAGAAGCAUGGGACGACGACCAGUUCGCGAUCGUCUUCUCCAACGCGAAACCGAAGGAAAACUCGUCGGAGCCAAUGGUCGGCAGGCUUCUGGCGGUGCAUUACGGCGGGACCAGGAAGAUGACGGUGCUGAUGAUCAACAGGCGGGCCAGACGAGUGAUCCUCGAAAGCGUCGACGAGGAUGGGCAUCUGACCACGCAGCACGUCCACGCGAGUAUUUUGCGCAAACACGCGCCCACCAGGAACGUGAUCGUGACGGUGCAUCGGAACGAACCCGAUGCACGGGUCGACGUCUACAUCGACUGCGUCUAUCAAGGCAGGAUACCGUUCAAGGAAUCUUCGAGGGAUCUGGUGGACGACGCGAACGAUCAACGGAUAGAGGCGUUGUGGGAGGAUGAAUGCCAAGCGAAAGUGUAUCGAUCACCGUUCGUCGACGUCGCGUUCAAGGAUGAGAACUGUCCGAAACAUGCGAGUCGGCACGCGAAACGCGCGUCCGAAGGCGGCGGCCACGAUAGAUAUAGUUCGUUGGACGAUAUCGAGCUCGAUCGGGAGCUGGACGAUCGAUGGAACCCCAAUUAUAAGAGAACGCCGAGGAGGGGGGACAUCACGAUCCAAAGCUUGGACGAGAAAGCGUGUCUCACCGAUAGCCAAAUAGUGAAGACUCUGAACGAGUUGAUCGAGGCUGUCAAACAUAUCUGCAGGGAGGUCACAUCGAACAGAAACGAGAUUCAAAGUAUACGACAUCUGAUCGAAAAUUGCGUAGGCUGUUACGAACGUCCCGUUACGCCCGUGACGCCUGCGCCGUCCACUUGCGAUCACAAGUCGCCCUGCUUCCCGGGGGCCGAUUGUCGCGACACCCUGCACGGGCCCAGGUGCGGCCCGUGCCCGCCCGGGUACACCGGCGACGGACGUCAGUGCACCAGGCUGCCCAACCCUUGCGCGAGCAAUCCGUGUUUCCGCGGGGUUAAUUGUUAUAACCGCGUCGACGGUUACAGCUGCGGCACUUGCCCGAAAGGCUACGCGGGCAACGGUGUGACGUGCAGCAUAGCGAACGAGUGCGAGCUGGCCCAUCCCUGCCAUCCCGGGGUCCAAUGUGUCAAACUGAAUCUUGGAUUCAAAUGCGAUCCCUGUCCACGAGGAUACAAGGGCAAUAUCGUCGAGGGAGUCGGUCUGUCCUAUGCCGAGAGCCACAGGCAGGUCUGCCAGGACGUGAACGAGUGUCUGAUCAAUCAUGGUGGUUGCGAUCCGAACUCGGAGUGCAUCAACACAGAGGGCUCGUACAUAUGCGGCGCGUGCAAGUCGGGCUACGUGGGUAACCAGACGAUAGGAUGCCGCCGCAUGGGCAAUAUCUGCGCGGAUUUGACGACGACGUGCGACGAGAACGCCGAGUGCGUGUGCAUCGACAUCGAUCGCUACACCUGCAGGUGUCACGUCGGAUGGGCCGGGAACGGACUCGCCUGCGGACUGGACCGGGACAGCGACGGGAUCCCGGACGGUAACUUGCGGUGCUACGAACAUCACUGUCGCGCGGACAAUUGUCCGUUGAUACCGAACAGCGGUCAGGAAGACGCCGACAGCGACGGAGUGGGCGACGCCUGCGACCCCGACGCCGACAACGACGGCGUGCUGAACUUGUCCGACAAUUGCCCGCUGAUCUCGAACCCGGGCCAGGAGGACAUGGAUCGCGACGGACCGGACUCGGUCGGUGACGUGUGCGACAACUGUCCGUUCGUCAAAAACCCGAGGCAGGAGGACACGGACAAUGACGGCGUAGGCGACGCAUGCGAUCCCGACAUCGACAACGACGGUCUGCCGAACAACCACGACAACUGUCCUGGAAACAAGAACGAGGAUCAGAUCGACUCGGAUCAAGACAGGAUCGGCGAUGCCUGUGACAAUUGUCCCUUCAAUCCCAACCCGGACCAGAUGGAUCAGGAUGGCGACGGAGUGGGCGACGUUUGCGACAACGACAGCGACAGGGAUAGGGACGGCAUUCAAGACGACAGAGACAACUGUCCUGACGUACCGAACGCGGGGCAGAACGACGACGAUCGCGACGGCAUAGGGAACGAGUGCGACGACGACAUCGACAACGACAGAGUGCCGAACCAUCGGGACAAUUGUCCUUACGUGUACAAUCCGAACCAACGUCACAGCCAUCACGAGUACAUCGGCGACGCCUGUUGGAACGACAACGACAACGACACCGUGAUCAAUGUUCAGGACAAUUGUCCGAACAACAGCUUGAUCUGGACGACGGACUUCCGGAAGUACGUGACAAUCGCUCUGGAUCCAUUCGGAACGGCCCAGUCCGACCCAGUCUGGAGGAUCAAUCAUGGCGGCGCCGAGAUCCAGCAGCUGGCCAACAGUGAUCCUGGAAUCGCUAUCGGUCCGGAUGUGUUCGGCGGCGUGGACUUCGAGGGCACGUUCUUCGUGGACGACGACGCCGACGACGAUUUCGUUGGGUUCGUGUUCUCUUACCAAGACAACCGACGCUUCUAUGUCGUCAUGUGGAAGAAGAGACACCAGCCGUAUUGGAUGCCGUCACCGUUCCGGGCGGUCGGGGAGCCAGGAAUUCAGCUGAAGCUCGUCGACUCGAACACCGGCCCCGGAGAAGAACUCAGGAACAGCCUCUGGCACAACGAGGACACCCGGAAUCAAGUCAAGAUACUCUGGAGAGACCCGAUGAAAAUCGGCUGGAAAGAAAGGACUCCGUACAGAUGGCAGCUUCUCCAUAGACCGCAGAUCGGAUUGAUCAGGUUCAGGCUGUACCAGGGCAAACAGCUGAUGGCCGACUCCGGGAACGUCUAUGACUCGACCCUGAAGGGAGGCCGGCUCGGCGUCUACUGCUUCUCCCAGGAAAAGAUCACCUGGUCGAAUCUGUUGUACACGUGUAAAGAAACCGUGCCGCAGUCGGUAUGGAACGAGUUGUCUACCGAUUUGCAGUCCAAGAUAGCCAUAGAGCCGAGCGACAGCGUCAGGCAUUAGCAAUCCGUCCGUCACGACGCUUUUUGAAUUUUCUUUUUUAAUUUCAAACGAUCGAAUCAAAGAAACUUCGUUGUUGUUCCGGUGUUCCUUAUCGUGCCUUAUAAGCUUAUCGACUUUACACUCCUAACAACUCGCGACGCUGUUCUUUCGAUUGCUGGAAGGUGUUCGCAUAAACAUCGAGUUUCAUUAGGUCGUCCUUUAACCGCGGGAAUGAAACAAUCAACCGAAAACACAUUGCUCGGAAGCUGUUGCUAUCGCAGACCGUGGAAAAUUAUCGAUAAAAGGUCGGAGUACAAUAACAUGGACGAGUCGUCGUUGGGAGAAUCGCAGCAGAGACAACCUAACGCGCGUUACACGUUCGCGAGCCGUCGAGUUUCUGUCCGAUGGAAACCGACUUGUUCUCUUUUCUUCUUUUCUUUUUUUUUUGGAAACAUCUACACUCGCUAUUUGUACUUUGAAAGUUAUGGAAAUUGCUUUCGAUGCGAAUUCGUUAGGUAUUGAAACGGAGACGAUUCGAAUCGCUCGCGAACGCAUCGGCUAUCGUGGAAGAACCGACAACGCGACGGACCGAGGCUGACGAGCAGCGUACACGCGAAAAUUUGCUACGCGAGGAGUGGGGGGCAGGCGGCGCAUGCGCGAGAGUUCCGCACAGCGGCAUAGCGUGUCCACCGGGCGAACAUUACAAUUCCGAGCUACGAUCGGACAGAGGCUCUGUCGUUGUUGUGCGAAACUCCCUGCGCAUGGGUCGCCACUCUACUGCUUGCGUAGCGACUUUUCGCGCGUACACUGACAACGAGGCGGCCAUCAUCGAUUCGCGAUUACAAAGAAACCAUAUCUAAUUUCAACAGUAAUAUUAUACGUAUACAUGUAUUUGAAGUAUGUACAUUGUCGGAAAGGAAAUAAACCGCCUAAACGGCGAACCUAUCAACUAUA